AUGUCGAAGAAUUUAGACGAUGAUCUUACAGAAAGCAGAUUAUCAAGAUACAACAAAUUACAACCCGACGUCAAAGAAUAUCUAUACAACAUACUAUCAUCCCACUACCCAAAUUUAUUUUCAAAAUACUCAACCACAACCAAAUCAUACAACCAAUUAGAUCUAAUAGAAUUACUUAAAGAUGGAGAAAUACUAUGCAAGCUAGGUCAAUUAGUUCCCUCCACACCAAAUCCCACCACAAGAUUCAAAUCAUCAUCAAUGCCAUUCAUACAAAUGGAAAACAUAAAUUAUUUUAUACAAUUAUGCGCUUUAAUUAAUUUACCACAAGAUGAAAUUUUCCAAACUAUUGAUUUAUUUGAAGGAAGUGAUCCAUAUCAGGUUUGUAUUAAUUUGAUGUCCUUUUCUAGAGUUGUUCAUAAUUUGGAUCCUAAUGUUUUUGGGGAAGUUAUUGGGCCCAAGAAAGUUAGGGUUAAGCCUGUUGUUCCCAAUAAACCUAGAAACUUAAAAGGUUAA